AUGCAACCCUCAAGGGGCCUUCUCCAGAUGGAUGACGAAUUCAAGCUCAAGAAAGAUCAUCUGCCGAAGCGCUCAAGCCCCAUCUCUGAUCCCCCCAAGACACGCUCUCCUUGCACGGGUCGUCCCUGGAGUCUGGGACGGGAUAACUCGACAGCUCCUGGUCGCUCCUCGGCUGGUUGGCUGAAGGGGUGUCCACGACCAACGAACCCAGAUCGACGCACCUGCAGCACAUCCCACACAAACAGAGGCUUGAGUGUUUGA